AGUUCCCAAACUCAACUAGGCUAUGUAAAAAAAAUAAAAAUAAUAAUAUAAAAAAAAAAAAAAAAAGGAGAGAGAGAGAAAGAGAGAGAGAGAGAAAAAAAGAAAAAUCAUUGCCAUAUCCUCUCUGCUACUCCGUAACUUUGUAUCUGAACAGGCGACAGCGCUCCGGUGGUGUCAAAACAACACAUUUGACUUUUAACAGUAACUCGAAUGAAGGUAAGAAGACGAUUAUACUGGCAGCGAGCUAAACGGAUCUUUCUCGGUCGCUUUACCGAACACCGGUUGAAUGAGCCAGAGCUAGUCAGGCUCAUGUCUGCUGUGUCAGUGAUGAUUGUGGAGCACAAGAAAUGGAGAGGAACAUUGGAGACCAACUCAACAAAGCUUUUGAAGCUUACCGUCAGGUCUCCAUCGAGAAGGACAAUGCUAAAAAGGAGCUGCAGAAAAUGACUGAAUAUUACGAGCGAUACACUCAAGAACUUCAAAAGCAGAUAAAUGACCAGCAACAGUUGAUUUCUGAACUUGAAGCUAAGUUGUCAUCAACAAGACAGUCUUCAGAAGAGAUGAAAUGUGAGCCUUGCAACCAUCUCCUGGAAGGGGGCAGCACUUAUAGGAAAACACAAUACCCGGAGAAUAUGGGCACUGUUGCUCCUAAUUUCCCUGUCAACAGCAGCGUUGACUAUCAGGACAUGCUAGAGGCAUUUGAAGCAAUUCAAGGCCAAUUCAGACAGAUCCGGUCUCUAACCAGAAGACAAAAGGAUCACCUGAAGAGAUUCCAUGGAGGACAUGACACAACAAAUGAUCAGCGGUUUUCCAUGCCCAUCCAAUGCACAGACCGAAAUGCAGAGGCAGAAAGACCCUUUCCCUUACCUUUAAGGCCAGAGGUCGCUAUCCCUCACUUGCCUGCACCACUGGCGCCCCGUGGUGCCUGCCAGGAGGAAAGAGACUUGGUAGACUCUCUCACCAAACUCAGUGUCAAGUUUCCACCCCCUGCGGAUAGUGAAUAUGACUUCUUGAACAGUGCUCCAGAGAGAAACACUGGUCUGGCCAUGCCUACGAAGCGACCUCCAAAUAGUGUCUCUUCCACACUGGCAGAGGAGGAGGCUGUGGAAUUGCCCCUGCCUUUUGUCUACCCUACGUCCCCCUCCCACUCAACAUCAUCUUCACCCUCCCAGGAGAGUGUUCGGGGACCCCAGCAGCCUAUCUGGAACCCUGGGCUGUGUGAGGCUGGAGAUGUCGGAACAGAACCGGAGACGCCUCUGAGCAGCAGUCCGGAUAAAUGUGCUUUCUGCCAGGCUGUGGUUCCUCAGGACCGAAUGACCAUUCACCUCUAUUCACAUUUUUCUCUUAAGAAUGAAGCUGAAAAUUGACAUAGACGGGCAAAAGUUUCAGCUGCUUCAUAUCUUACCAUUUUCAUGGUCUACUCCUGCCCGCCAUGAAGUAUAAGCGCUGUACAGGAUUUCAAAUGACACUGCAAUAAGACUUGAAUCCAUUUAUUUAAUAUAAAAAAUGGUACACUCUCUGGCCCGUAUUGAUUUUUUUAAUCUCAGAAAUUUUACAAUGAUCCAUGGUAUAUACAGGCAAAUAAACCAGUAUUUACUCUUGCAACAAUUUUUAUCAUUUGAAUUCUUUUCAGCAUGCAGGUGCAAGAAUCUGUAAUAGGUUGCUUUGCUUGUAAAAGUAGUAAAAUAUAGAUUAAAAAAUUUCCUCAUCAAUGGACAUUACCGUAGCGCACAAUUCCCGCUCUUUUCAUGUUGGCUCAAAAAACAGUUCUAAGUAUCAGAAAUGGCAGCAUGCCAUUCAGGGCUGGUGAAUUCCUCACCGAUCGUCCACAGUAAACCCGUCCACAAUCAUGCGAGCAGCUGUACUUCAUUCAGGGUGCAGAGAUAUUUCCAACUCUGAAAUCAGUUGCAAUUUACCAUGUGUUCAUUGAGGUUGUCUGCUCUAGAACUCAUUAUUCAGUUUGAUGACAGAUUGCUUGGCUGUCUGAAAAGGUAUGGCUUUGUCAUUUGUAAUAUUUAAAUGUGUUUAUAUAGGCUUGUUUAUUUAAAUGGCGAUAUGAACGUGAUAUAAUGAUUUUACUCCCGGUAUGCUGUUUGAAGUUACAGGAAGUAGGCAUCCAGCUUUAAAUUACAUACUGGAUUUUGCUAAAGAUUAUUGGCAACAAUGCAGAUUUCUUUAAAUAUUUAAAAGUCAAAACCAUUAAACAGUGCUAGCAAUAAAUUAUAUAAAAAAAAACAACAUUUUCACUAUGUGAAUCUGCCUUUGACUAAACCUGAUUUGAACUUUUUUUUUUUUUAACCCUUUAAUGUUCUGCUCUACUGUAGAUCUAUAUUUCCAGUGACUAUAAUUCAUCAAAUUUUUAUGGAAAUAAACCACCCUGAGCCCUCUCUAUCACUUUGAAGUAAUUAUAUGUUAUCCCAUUACUUUUUAAAGUUUUGAUCAUCACAUUAAUCAUUAUCAUUAUUAUAUUAUUAACUAUGAUCUCAACCCUUUGUUAAAAAAAAAAAACACCCACCAAUUCUUACUCUUCUUGUCCCAAGGAAAUUAAAACAAUGUAAGUAAACAUUUUUCUGUGGCUUUUUUCUUAAUGCAAACAUUAAAGGGUUAAUAAGGCAUAACUAACGUCUGUCGUUAUCAUUGUUUAUUCACACUUUCAGAAAGAUUGCAGUGAUUUUCACCACUCAGUGUGAUGAUGUUUGAGGAAACUAGGACGCUAUGUGUUGGAACACUUUGUUGUGCAUCAAGACCCUUGCUGACCUUCAGUUUUGGGCUGGUAGCACUUGUGCUGGGUAGAUGAGCUGGUGUGAAGACUACAAAAAAAAAAAAAAAAAAAAAAAGCAUAUAUAUAUUUUGUAUUCAUAA